AUGGCAGGAUGGUUGAUGAAUAACCAAAAGUUAAGUCCUAUGGGGUUGAUGAUCAACAAAGAUGAGAUGAAUUAUGUGUUUGGCCAAAAACAAAAAUCAAGUCUUGAUUUUCUAAUGCAGAAUUGUGACUUGCCUCCACCUCUCAAGGUGUUUUCUGGCCCUGAUAUGAAUGAUGAUAAUGUUAAGGAGGCGAAUAUCGAGGUUAGACAAGAACUAGGGAGUGAUAGGUUGGAGGUUCUAAAGGCGUUGAGACGAUCACAGACACGAGCAAGAGAGGCAGAGAGGAAGUACCUGGCAUUGCAGAAGGAGAAGGAAGCUCUUUCGAAUUUGAUGUUGGAUGAAUCAGCGCGAGCUCUUGCUUAUAGGAACUGGAUCAAAGUUCUUGAGCUACAACUCCUGCAGUUAAAAACACAAAAACAGCAGAAACAGCAACAGCAGCAAUAUGAACAUGUUGAUGAAUGGAACAGAACAAAAGAAGAUGAAAAUGGUACAAAUGGUGUAACAUGGCUUAUAGCAGUUGCUUUCUGUUUAGGCAUAGCUGCAAUUGGUUAUAGAUACCUCCUUUGA